AUGCUAUUACAAGAACUCUGGCUACACAAAAUCAAUUGGGACGAUCCAUUACCGUCUCAAAUUGUAUCACGAUGGUUCAUCAUCAGAGAAGAUCUCAACAGCUUGGCUAAGCUAUCGAUUCCAAGAUGGUUCAACACAUGGAACAAUUCAACUGUAGAAAUUCAUGGAUUCUCUGAUGCUUCUCAACUUGCCAUGGCAGCAGUGAUUUAUAUCACUGUUAGCUCUCCGUCCAACAACUCAAUGACGUCACUUGUCUGUUCCAAGACAAAAGUUGCACCACUGAAGAGGCUCGCAAUACCAAGAUUAGAGUUGUCUGCAGCACUCCUAUUGGCAAAACUCACAAAAUAUGUUCAAUCAACGCUCAAGGUGAAGAUCAAUGCAACGCACCUGUGGACGGAUUCUCAAGUCUCGCUCAUAUGGAUCAAAUCGCAAGCAUCACAUUGGAAGGAUUAUGUUCGGAACAGAGUCACUCAGAUCCAAGAACUCACUCCAAAUGCGCAUUGGAGGCAUGUUCCAGGUACUUCUAAUCCAGCCGACUGUGCUUCCCGAGGCAUUUCGACCGAUCAACUUCAAAGACUAGAGCUCUGGUGGAAAGGCCCACCAUGGAUGGCUCUAGAUCAAGAUCAUUGGCCAGAGCAAAAGGAAUUCUCAACGCUAACCAGUGAGCUCGAAGUGAGACCCAAUGUCUCACUCUUUGCUUCAGCUCAAAAGCUAAGUUAUCAUUGGGGUCUCAUUUAUAAAUAUUCAUCUCUUAUUAAGCUGUAUAGACUGACUGCACUUUGUUUCAGGUUUGCCUCACGGCUUAAGAGAAAGCUCGAAACUCCUCCUGUGAUCAUCAUACCAUCCUGCGACAUGGAGAAGGCGCAGCUCUUUUGGAUUCAAGCGACUCAACACUUGUAUUUCACCAGCGAAAUCAAGAUGCUCAAUUCAGGCUCAACCCUGCCUGCAACUCACCCGUUCAGUCGCCUCACUGCCUUCAUCGAUUCACAGGGAACAAUACGAGUAGGAGGAAGACUCACCAACACAGCGCUCAACAGGGAUGAAAAACAUCCAGCGAUCCUCCCACGGGACGCUCACCUGUCGAAGAUCAUCAUUGAAGAUGCUCACAAGCGAACAUUUCACGGAGGAACGCAGCUCACGCUCGCAUACAUUCAACAACGGUACUGGAUCAUCGGUGGUAGAGCUCCUGUAAAAUCUCACAUCUUGAGAUGUGUCGUGUGUGCUCGACCGAUCACAGUGAAGAAUUCAAAGGGAAGAGGCUCGAAAACGAUCAAAGGAUGGAUCUGCGUGUUCGUAUGUUUCUCCUCAUCAGCUGUUCACCUCGAGGUUGUCAGCGAUUACUCUACCGAGGGAUUUCUGGCAGCCUACAGAAGAUUUUCGUCACGAAGAGGGAUCGCUCACAAAUUGUACUCUGACUGUGGUACAAAUUUUAUUGAAGCACAGGCAGAGCUCAAACGUCUGUUCACGUCAAGUUCAAAGGAGCACCAACAAAUUGCAUCGAUUCUGUCAGCAGACAACACUCAAUGGAUGUUCAACCCACCAGCUGCUCCUCACAUGGGAGGAAAAUGGGAAGCUGUGGUGAAAUCGAUCAAGUAUCAUCUCAGGAGAACUAUUGGUGAGCUCUUACUAACCUUCGAAGAGUUUUCCACUCUCCUCACACAGAUCGAAGCGGUGCUCAAUUCACGAUCAUUGGAGCCGCUCAGUGACGAUCCCGACGACAUCUCUGCGCUCACCCCUGGACACUUUCUCAUCGGCUCAGCACUCAACACGGUACCAGAACCAUCACUGCUCGACGUCUCACCAGGUAGACUGUCGAAAUGGCAGCUGAUCCAGCAAAGGGUUCAACACUUCUGGUCACAGUGGUCUCGACACUACCUGCAGAGACUUCAGUCAAUUUCAAAGUGGCAUCAUCCGUUUCACGGCAUCAAGACAGGCUCGUUGGUGCUGCUCACAAACGAGCAUCUUCCACCGAGCAAGUGGCCACUCGCAAGAGUGACCGAAGUUCACCCUGGCAAGGAUGCCCUCACCAGCGUUGCAACCGUGAAGACUGCAACCACGACUCUCGUCCGACCGAUCACCAAGCUUGUCAUCCUGCCUAUUCACCAUCAAGCUGAGCUCACCCCUGCAGAAACAUCAUCAACGAGUUGCUGA